AUGCGUCCUGCCCAGUCCUUGGUGCAACUGGCUCUGUGCCUUUCUGCCUGUGGCUCUGUUGCUUCAGCAUCAGAAUGGCCGCGAUGGCUACCCGAGCGGGAUGCUCUGAUUGUACGAGCUGAUGGCACCACUGAUGCUGCCCAAGCUUCCGCCACAGAGAAGGCAGCCUCCCAAACAACCCCGGCAGAUGCGCCGGCCUCUACGACGGGCCCUGGCAGUUCCCAACCCGCCGACAAAACAACUGGCGACUCGAAUACCGUAAAGGCGACACCGACCGGAAAGCUUGGCACCAUUGCCAAUGGAGCCAAGAAGGGAAACUCGACUCGCACCCAGUUUCCCCCGGAUGCCCCGCCAGCCGGCAUCAGCAUACAGACACCCAAUACUAAUCUGCAGCCUAGUGGGCUGUACAAGAUUAGCGACUACAUAACCUGGUCCUGGAACUACACCUCGCUCCUGGCGACCCCAUCUGCCAUCGAUAUCAUUGUCAGCUGCUCCGCGGCAAGCGAGACUUGGACCCUGACCAGCAACAUGUCCUUUGAAACCGCCGUCUACUACGUGUGGGACUCCAAGAACCAAGCCAACGAUGUCCAGAAACCUCUGGGUGUUCAGCAGUACACCCUGAUCGUCAAGGAUUCCGACGCUAGCAUCACCGAGCUCCCCGCAGCAGGCAGUCUCGGUGCCAAUGCCCAGUAUUCCUUCGGCAUGUACACUGGCCAGCCGUACACGCCCUAUGCCGACUGGAGCUGCUCGGGAAUGUGCAGCGCCGCCUUGUCGGCUUCUGACCGUCAAGCCAUCGGUCUUGCUAUUCUCACGAGCGUGCUGACGUUCCUGAGUUUUACCUGGUUUGUUGCAGGCUUGGGAUUACAUUGA